AUGAACAAGAUUGCGACUCCGCUGCUCUACGAGAUGGUCAAUAUCAGCGCAGAUAACGACUACCGCUGGGAAGACCGUCAAGUUAGAUGUCUUACGGAGAUGGACAAUCGAAACAUGCCUCUCAUCAAACAACUCUUGAACUUUUGUGUCCGAAAGGAGAAUACAAAAGAAUGUAUGAAACUCAUCGAACGUCUCGAGGAGGAUCAGUUGCACUGCAUUGAGCUGUUCCACAAACAUGAAACUUCAAAUCCAGAUGUCACAUUCGAAAUCGACGAGUCCUGCACUGAAGUCGUCAAAGCUAUGUUCCUUAAGAACAAAAAACUCCGUGCUCUUUACGUCGACAUGGGCGAGAAAAAUCUCUAUGAAAUCUUCUUUCCCCUCAUUUCUGCCAGUGCCAACUGGCUCUCCACUCUCAUCCUCGUUAUCGAGAAAACAGAUUCUUUCCUUUAUGAUGUUGAUACCCUGAUUUCCUUCCUCGGUUCCCUGAAAUUCCUGCGAUCAUUUGAGCUUGACAUGGUUGAAUAUUUCGAAGAUUCACCUUGGCAGCAUGACAAUGGCGUUCGCCUCAUCGAUUCCAUCUUUGAAAUCCCGACCAUCGAACAGGUUGUCUUUGGUGGCUCUGAUUUCCCCUAUGAACGAUAUAAUCAAACUCAUAAAACCAAACGGAUUGGCUCCAAUCUCACUCAAUUUGGGUUCUUCUCCGGAGUCGGUUGCGACCGCUUUCUCCGUGACAACUUCGACCCUCAACGCCUCAAAGCUCUCCGAAUCCUCUGGCCCGUUGAUACGGAUUUUGAUAUCCUCUCCGAAUUCUUGAUGUCCUUCAAGGGUCUUCGCUCCCUCCAUCUUACCCUACGCAACCCAGAUCGCUUUGAUACUCUGCAUUGCAUUGCACAUCAUGGUGGCAGUUUGGAACGUCUCUCGUUACGUGUCUUCACGCCUGAUUUUAAACCAUUUGGCCGGUUUGCCCACAUCGAUGAGUUUGAGUACUUGUUGAAACACUGCACCGCCUUGAGAGAACUUGCUGUCCCUGUCACAUAUAUCCACCAGCAUUGGUAUCGUGGUCCAGGGGAAACAGAAGCUAAAGACGUUUUAUACGAAGAUCUGAACUGGAGCUUUCACUGGCCAAAUGUGGUCUGUCCGAUUGAGUCCCUCCACGUCCUCAAUGAACCAGUCCCCGCAAACAAAGACCUCCGCCAAUCCUAUAGUAAAGACCGAAGAAUGGAAGUAAUCACCCGUUUCGCAAUGGACCUUCAUAACCAAGUUAACAUCCUCGGCGCCUCCAACCACGUCGAUCCAUACCAAGUCGACGAAACUCUCCUGCCAGCCGCCGCCACCGCCACCACCACCCUCGAAAACGGAGAAUCGGACCCAGAACCCAUUUUGACGGAUGAAGAUUCUGCUCCUGCAAGUUUACCGGAUAAUAAUAUGCCUUUUUAUACCUGGCAGGAACCUACGUGCUAUACAUCCAAAUCUGGGUUUCAACGUCGAUUGAAGCAGAUCGGACCGGAGUUGUUGCCGAAUCUUAGGUCUAUUUUAUUUGGCGAUAAUACUAAAUGUGGGAGGGAUAGUUGUUUGUAUCUUCACGAUUGGGAGUUUGAGGAGAUGGAUUUGGUGCCUGUUGUUAUCGAUAAAGUCGACUAUGAAACCGGGUACCCGGAUAUCAAAAUGGAAGAUGAUGACGAUAUUACCACCAAGAAGACUCAGGAGAAGGAAAAGACUGAUGAGAAAGCUGGAGAGGAAACUAAACCACAAGAGGAUGGAACAGAGAAGGAAAAGGAGGGCGAAUGUCCAGGUGGGAAUACCUGCCCUACUAGAAGGGAAGGGAAAGAGGCGACAACUUGGGUUGAGAGUCCUUCUGCUAUUAAUGGAAACGGCGAGAAUGUCGGUGGAGGAACACUCUGGAAGUUCAAGGAAGUCGAUUGGGCGGAGUUUGUUGGGCGGUUUCCAUGGUUGCAUGACUUUGAAAUUGACGCUCGAGGGUGGAUGGAUGAGUAA